AUGCUUGCACCAAUCACAAACUUUGUUCUUCUUGAAGGAGGCACGCCGACACUGGUCACUCACCAUAUUUCUUUCUUGCUUUUAUCAUUAGUUAAAAUAUUAUCUCUUUCUAACACCACAGCAAAUCAUAUUUUCUUUUUUUCUUUCUUUCUUUGCACUUUCUUUCUUUGUCCUCUCAGUUCUUGCUUUCUUUCUUUCUUUCUUUCUUUGUCCACUCAAUUCUCUCUUUCUUUGUCUCCCCAGUUCUUUCUUUCUUUCUUUGUCCACUCAGUUCGUUUGUUCUUUCUUUCUUUCUUUCUUUUUCUUUCUUUCUUUCUUUCUUUGUCCACUCAGUUUAUUCUUUCUUUUUUCUUUCUUUUUUUCUUUCUUUAUUUCUUUGUUCACUCAGUUCUUUCUUUCUUUCUUUCUUUCUUUGUCCACUCAGUUCUUUCUUUCUUUCUUUCUUUCUUUCUUUCUUUCUUUCUUUCUUUCUUUCUUUCUUUCUCCACUCACUUAACAACUAUAAUUCUACAAGAGAAUAAAAUAUCCUAG